GUUGAGUUUUUUCGAAGUAGUACAUGAAUUCCAUUUAACAAUGAUUGAUGGGAAAGUUUUUAACACUUUAGCGGGCUCAUCAUCGCAGGCCUGUGGAAUUUGUGGAGCAACACCAAAAUUCAUGAAUAAUCUAAAUAAUGUUCAAUUGAGACAACCACAGGAGCACUUGUAUGAGUACGGAUUGUCAACACUCCAUGCGUGGAUACGGUGCUUUGAGUGUAUAAUUCAUAUCGCCUAUAGAAUACCCAUACAAAAUUGGCAAAUUCGUGGAGAACAUAAAGAAAUCGCUCAGCAAACCAAAAGAAAGAUUCAACUUGAGCUAGAAGAAAAAAUGGGUAUAUUGGUGGACAUUCCCACGAAAGGAUCAGGCAAUACAAACACUGGGAAUACUGCAAGAAUAUUUUUCCAGCAUCCAAUUUUAGCCUCUACAGUAACUGGCGUAAAAGUAGAACUUAUAAAAAGGCUUUUCGCAUAUAUGCUUGGAAUACAGCAGAAUUAUUUGUUUCCGAAUAUCCUUGGUUUUAUAUGCCUCCAUCUGUACAUAAAAUAUUAAUACACGGAGCAGAUAUUAUUG